CUUUUGGUGAUCGUGGCCCAAAAGGACUCCAAGGAGAGAAUGGAAAUCGAGGACCAGCUGGAGUCAAAGGACCAAAAGGACAAGAAGGGCUGGUGGUUCCCCGGGGCAGAAGGGAGAUCCUGGUUUCCCUGGUGAAAAAGGUCAGCCAGGUGUGAGAGGUCACUCGGGUUUGGUUGGAAAAUACGGUCCUGGGGGCAACAUGGGAGAAUCUGGUGAAAAAGGUGACAGAGGUCUAUGUGGACUUGUUGGCGCGACAGGAACAAAUGGGCCUCCAGGUCCAAAUGGUGCUGUUGGGUUACCGGGUUUGCCAGGAAAAGAAGGAUUAGUUGGACAAACUGGAAAACAUGGACCAAAAGGAGAGCCUGGAGUUAAAGGGAAUCCAGGCGGCAAUGGGAAGAUUGGAUCAAUUGGUGUUUCAGGUCCAAGUGGGAAGAAAGGAGAGCCUGGAACAAGAGGCAAAAUGGGGCCAAUGGGUCAGGCAGGAUCUAUGGGUCCUCGUGGACUAAAGGGAAAACCAGGAUCUUCAGGACCUCCAGGGGAAAAAGGAUUCCAGGGUCAACCAGGGCCAAAGGGAAUGAGCGGUUCUCUUGGAAGGAGAGGAAGUAAAGGUGUUGCAGGAAAGCCAGGACCUCAAGGACCAAAAGGGAAGCAUGGUAAUCCUGGUCUCCCUGGAAAGCUGGGACGUAGUGGUACAGAUGGCCUGCUGGGAGUUAUAGGCACCGAGGGCGACCCAGGAGACAUUGGAUUCCGAGGACCUCCGGGGCGACCAGGUCCUCCAGGUAGUGCUGGUGUCCCAGGAACACUUGGUUUGCAAGGGAGUCAAGGACUACCUGGACCAAAAGGCUCUGAAGGACCCAAAGGGAAACCAGGGCCCACCGGGCUGAUGGGACCAAAGGGGAUUCCGGGACUUCAAGGUGAAAAGGGAGAUGUCGGACAAAAAGGACCAAAGGGCCAUGUUGGUAUUAGAGGAUUGCAAGGGCCCAUUGGACCACCAGGAGAAAAGGGAAAGCAAGGUGAUCCAGGGUACAAGGGACGGCCUGGGCCAAAAGGUAUACAGGGCGAAGCUGGUGCUAGUGGGCCUUCUGGUGGCAAAGGAUUCCCUGGUUCGCCUGGUCCAUCUGGAAGGAAGGGUAUGAAAGGAGUUCAGGGAAUAUCAGGACAAAAAGGUGUGAAAGGUCGGAGAGGACCACCUGGAAAACCAGGCAUUCCCAGCCAGCAGAUACCAGGGCAUCAUACUCCACCUCAUGCUCAGAGAAGAGGAUCACAAAAUAAAGCAAGGUUACUAUCCAGGAAGUCUCGAUUUGAUGACCCUGAAGAUGAGAUUGAUGAAGGAACCAAAGACAAUCCAGCAACCACCUGCAGAGAGCUGAGUCUCAUCCAGCCUCACCUCAGAGACGGGCUCUACUACAUUGAUCCAAACCACGGAUGUCCAUUUGAUGCUCUCCGUGUGUUCUGUAAUUUUACUGCUGGUGGUCUAACUUGUGUGUCUCCUGUCCAGUCUAAAAUUUCAGGGAUGUGGCUAUCAGCAGACAGAUCUAAAAAGUGGUUUAGCGAGCUUGACAGAGGCUUCAAGUUUGAGUACAGAGAUCUUAAUGUUGUCCAACUACGAUUCCUACGGUUACACAGCAACUCUGCCACACAAAGCAUCAGCCUGACAUGUACUAAAAAGCACAGCCCCACUUCUAAACACAAGGAUACCGCCAAGAGGGUGUUACGCUUACGGGGAGACUCCAAUGAAGAAAUCCAUCCAUCGCAUGUCAUCAUUUCACAACAUGGUUGUGAGGUAACAGCACAGGUGAGGGUUCUGGGGAACUCAGAGAUUCAUGGAGGAGACGUGCAACUACUUCCCAUAAGAGAUGUUCUUUUGCAGGGCGGAGGAGAAGGAGAUGCAGGCAUCAUCCUUGGACAUUUGUGCUUUUUAUAGCAUCUUUCCAAAAAUAGACGCUUCACAGAGCACCUGGGAGAAAUGCAUUUUUACCAGGACAUACUGUACAAUUAGACUUAGUAUUGUAUUAGACUUAGUAUUGUAUUAAAAUGUAGGGUACUGCAUGAUUUCCAGUGUAACUGAAUUUGUUCUUUGGGUUAAUUUUUUUUAGAUUUGCAGUAGACUGCAAUAGUGGUGCAAUAACUGUGUGUGUGUUUGUGUGUAGUAAGUUUAUUUAGACUUGUCUUAGUGGGUUGUGAGUAUUUAUAAUGAUUUAUUUAUGCAAAGUUGUAAGAAUUUGUUACAAAGGAAAAUGUGUUUAUUAAACCUUUACACAGUGCCUUCAUUUUUUAAAACUGACAUUAAAUAAUAAAAACCCUACAGGGCAUUUGUACUUUAUA